AGGUGUCCAGUUGGGGUAGGGAGUCUCAACCAGGGGAGGCAGGGUACAACAACCUAUAGCCCACUCUGUUACCCAGCCUCAUGUAAAUCAAUUUUAGGGAAGCAAGAGAUCGAUACUCCAUCUGGACUUAGUUUUUCCUUUUCUUCCAUCUCACAUAUAGGAAAGUUUACAGGAGAAGCCUAGAAGCCAAGGACAUAGCUGAGGAGGGAACAGCAGAGAUGGGGAGUGGAGCCAGUACUGAGGACAAAGAACUGGCCAAGAGGUCCAAGGAGCUAGAAAAGAAGCUGCAGGAGGAUGCUGACAAGGAAGCAAAGACUGUCAAGCUGCUAUUGCUGGGUGCUGGGGAGUCAGGAAAGAGCACUAUCGUCAAGCAGAUGAAGAUCAUUCACCAGGAUGGGUAUACAGCAGAAGAAUGCCUGGAGUUCAAGACUGUCAUCUAUGGGAAUGUGUUACAGUCCAUCCUGGCUAUCAUCCGGGCUAUGUCCACACUGGGCAUUGACUAUGCUGAACCAAGCUGCGCGGAUGAUGGGCGACAGCUCAAUAACCUGGCCGACUCCAUUGAGGAGGGGACCAUGCCUCCUGAGCUGGUGGAGGUCAUCAGAAAGUUGUGGAAGGAUGGUGGAGUUCAAGCUUGCUUCGAAAGAGCUGCAGAAUAUCAGCUCAAUGACUCAGCAUCCUACUACCUGAACCAACUGGACAGGAUUACAGACCCCAACUACAUUCCUAAUGAGCAAGAUGUUUUGAGAUCUAGAGUGAAAACUACAGGCAUUAUUGAAACCAAGUUUUCUGUCAAAGACUUGAAUUUCAGGAUGUUUGAUGUGGGAGGGCAGAGAUCUGAGAGAAAGAAGUGGAUCCACUGCUUUGAGGGUGUCACCUGCAUCAUCUUCUGUGCAGCGCUCAGUGCCUACGACAUGGUACUGGUGGAAGAUGAUGAAGUGAAUCGUAUGCAUGAGUCUUUGCAUCUGUUCAACAGCAUAUGUAACCACAAGUUCUUUGCGGCUACUUCCAUUGUGCUCUUUCUCAACAAGAAAGAUCUUUUUGAGGAAAAAAUCAAGAAAGUCCAUCUCAGUAUUUGUUUUCCAGAGUAUGAAGGGAACAACUCCUUUGAGGAUGCGGGGAAUUAUAUCAAGAACCAGUUCCUUGACCUCAAUAUGCGAAAAGAUGUCAAAGAAAUCUACAGUCACAUGACCUGUGCUACAGAUACACAGAAUGUCAAAUUUGUGUUUGAUGCAGUUACAGAUAUCAUCAUCAAAGAAAACCUCAAGGACUGCGGGCUCUUCUAAUCUUCACCUGUUCUCAGGUCUUCAGAAUGACUAUGAGGGAAAUGCUACAAAAAGACCGCCAGCUACAAUGAAUACAUUUGUUGGUGCUGCCACAGGAUGUUAACUUUUCUGCAGUACAGUAUAAUCCUGAGUAUCACAAAGAACAUUAUAAAACAUCUUCAAAUAUAUUAUUUCCAUUUGAUCAGAACCUCAGAUUAUAGCAGGAAGGAAUAAUUUAGUCUAGUCCAUCUUUAGAGAACAGAUGAGUGAUAUGACUAAAAGUAACCUAUGCAAGGUUUCAUGGCAAAUAGCAGAAAAAGGACAAGAACUCAUCACUCCGAACAACUUUCAAUCUCACGAGACUUUCAGAGGUUUCUGCACCUUUAUCCUAGAUGAACAAGGAUAAACAGAAAGAACAGGUAACUUCUUGUAUUCUAACUACUGGGAAUCUCUCUUGCAUAUAAAAGUCUUUGGGGUUAUUCUGGAUAUUCUGAAUAUUAAGGUCAGAGGCAGAGGCUACGAGCAGACAAUUAACCAGGUUGUACAGAAUUAAUAUUCCAGCUAUCAAAGAUUUUAACAGUUUAGUUACUGAAUGGCUAAUAUAUUUAGAUAGUAUAUCCCACAGCAUAUUUUAAUAUUUGAUUAUUUCUGCCAUCUUAUGAUUACCAUUAGAUUUCAGGAAAAGAAAACAUUACUACUGGACAAAGACUUUUUACAUUUGACCCAUCAAUAGUUUAGAGCUAGCCAGUGCUGCUUUAUUUCACCAACUCUGACUAUUCAUAUUAUUACAAAUAAUCACCUCUGAUACAGAAUUUUCUUGUCUUUAAUGUGAUGUACAUCUUUCAAUCUUUACUGCAUAAUAAAUGCCAUGAAAUAAAUGAAAUAAAAAUGUUCAGA